AUGUCUGCUGCUCCUCGGGCGGGGGCCGGGACUGUUACUUUGAAUGUCUGCUGGAACAGCGGACAUUCGAAGUACAUAGAUGGGGGUUCAAACACCCCCAGUGAACCAUACCUAAGGACGUAUGGUUCAGAGUUAGACGGCGUGGCAGCCCUCUACGAGGAGGAAUCGAAUCCUCAUCUCGAAAAAAGAGACAGGGUAAAGCCUUGUGAAGACUACGCCGAAGAACUCAUAGAAAAUCAAGCGAUUGGUCCAGCCCCGCCGCCGCCGUUCCUAGUAUCUGACGCAGCCGGAGAUUUCAGAAUGAACACCGGUGCGGACUGGUCCGAAUUUUAUGCGGCAUCGGCACAAGACAAUGUAAAGCCUUGUGAAGACUAUGCCGGAGAACUUAUAGAAAAUCAAGCGAUUGGUCCAGUCCCGCUGCCGCCGCUCCUCGUAUCUGACGCAGCCGGAGAUUUCAGCAUGAACACCGGUGCGGACUGGUCCACAUUUUAUGCCGAAUCGGCACAAGUGGGAACCUGGAUCGCGGGGGAAGCGAAGAUGGAGAUUGCGCCGAUUAUUGAUCAAUCUGCUAUGUUGCUGCAGCCUCCCGAACGUGACAGACGUCGAUGA